GUGUCGCUGCCCUGACUGGCAGUGUUGAGGCGUGUGCGCAUGCUCUGUGCGCAGGAUCGCGCUUUGGGCGGCGGAGAUCAGUCGCCUCUGCUCUAGUUCUCGGUGAGCCCCGGUUACGGUGGCAGCUGUUGGUGUGUCAGCCUGUUGUCAGCUUGAGGCGGCGCUGGGCCAGCGGGAGGUAGAAGGCCCGUAUUUCUCUACCUGAGCCGCACGCUCCCCUCACUAAAAGGGCAGAGCUCAAGGUUUGCUUUGACGUCACAUUGAUAUGAAAUAUGGAGUCACCUUUAAUAACUUCACCUGGGAAGGAGAAAGACUUUUUUCUUAUUAAAGAAACACAAGGAAAACAAAUGACCAAAUGAAUCCUACCAAAUGCUAACUCUACAUCUUUUUGUAUCAUCUGUUUUUAAAACCAUCAAGAAAAAUGACUUGUGCUUUAAAGAAUAUGAUUUGUUCAUCAAUGUUACUUUAGCAGUUUUUAAAAAAUCUUUUUCACCUUAAACUGUACUCUUAUAAAAUUUAACACAAAGAUUUUUAAAUCUUUAAGGCCUUCUUUAAAAUAGCUUUCUUUUUUAGUUUUCAGAACUUCAAUGCUUAUGUAUCCUUUUUUUUACUUGACAAAGUCCUCAAAACUACAGCAUCAGGAAAGAUAUGGACUUGGAAACUUAUGUUAUGGUAAUAGACUGCAGCGAACUUAAGUGGAUCAUUCAAGAAACCAUCCAUUUUAUCAUCAGAAGUAUCACAUAAGUAUAUAACUCUUAGCUUUAAUGCAAACAAAGUUGCUUGAAAAUGGCAUGGGUAAAAUUCUUACGGAAACCUGGUGGCAAUCUUGGAAAAGCUUAUCAACCUGGGAGUAUGCUAUCCCUAGCCCCUACCAAAGGCUUGUUGAAUGAACCAGGACAAAACAGCUGCUUUCUUAAUAGUGCUGUACAGGUUUUAUGGCAAUUAGAUAUAUUCCGAAGAAGCUUGCGGGUUCUGACUGGACAUGUUUGUCAGGGAGAUGCCUGCAUAUUUUGUGCAUUGAAGACAAUAUUUGCACAGUUUCAACACAGUCGAGAAAAAGCACUUCCUUCGGAUAACAUAAGGCAUGCUCUUGCAGAAAGUUUCAAAGAUGAGCAGCGAUUUCAGCUUGGCCUUAUGGAUGAUGCUGCAGAGUGCUUUGAAAAUAUAUUGGAGAGGAUUCAUUUUCACAUAGUGCCAAGCAGAGAUGCAGACAUGUGUACCUCUAAAUCUUGUAUCACUCACCAGAAGUUUGCUAUGACUCUGUAUGAACAGUGUGUGUGUCGUAGCUGUGGAGCAUCAUCAGAUCCUCUGCCGUUUACAGAAUUUGUGCGGUACAUUUCUACAACAGCCCUAUGCAAUGAAGUUGAAAGAAUGAUGGAAAGGCAUGAACGCUCUAAGCCUGAAAUGUUUGCAGAAUUGCUGCAAGCAGCAAAUACAACCGAUGACUAUAGGAAAUGUCCUAGUAACUGUGGCCAAAAAAUAAAAAUUCGGCGUGUUUUAAUGAACUGCCCAGAGAUUGUUACAAUUGGUUUAGUCUGGGACUCUGAGCAUUCUGACUUGACCGAGGAUGUUGUUCGGAAUCUCGCAACACAUCUUUAUCUUCCUGGGCUUUUUUAUAGGGUUACUGAUGAAAAUGCCAAAAAUAGUGAACUUCACCUUGUUGGCAUGAUUUGCUACACUAGCCGACAUUAUUGUGCCUUUGCUUUUCAUACCAAGAGUUCCAAAUGGGUAUUUUUUGAUGAUGCAAAUGUGAAAGAGGUUGGAACUAGAUGGAAAGAUGUGGUCUCCAAGUGUAUCCGAUGCCACUUCCAACCACUGCUUUUGUUUUACGCAAACCCAGAUGGCACAGCAGUUUCCACUGAAGAUGCACUCAGGCAUGUCAUCAACUGGUCACAUCAUAAAUCUGUUGCAGAAAAUAUAGGAUGUGAAAAGCCCUCAAUUCAUAAGUCGGAGAAUUCAAAAGAAAAUGGAUUUGGUGAUCAGACAAAACAGAGAGAAAAUCAAAAAUUUCAAGCAGAUAGUAUUUCAUCAUUUAAUCGGAGCCACAUUCAAACAAGUGGCAGUAGAGGAACAGUUAAGUCAAGUCACAAUGAUCAAAGGGAAAAAAUAAAAGACAUUUCCAGAGAAUGUGCUCUAAAAGCCAUUGAACAGAAAAACUUACUUUCCUCACAAAGGAAAGAUUUGGAAAGGGGACAAAGAAAAGAUUUGGGCAGACAGAGAGAUUUGGUUGAUGAAGACCUUCCACAUUUCAAGUCUGGAUCACCUCCUGCCCCAAAUGGCUUUAGACAAUAUGGGAAUCCACAUCUAUAUCAUAUUCAAGGAAAAGGACCGUGUAAGCAUGACCGAAUUGCCCAUCAGAGUCGAGCUUCUGCACAAACAUUAAGUUCAAGUAAAUCCCAGAUUCUUGCUUCAGGAGAGAAAAUAACUGGCAAAUUUAAGAGUGACAGUGGUACUGGAUAUGAUACAGACAGUAGCCAAGAUUCUAGGGAUAAAGGAAGCAGCAGUAAUGGCAGCACUAAAAGCCGAAAUCGAGGUUGGAAACCUAUGAGAGAAACAUUAAAUGUCGAUAGUAUUUUUAAUGAAAGUGAAAAAAGGCAGCAUAGUCCAAGACAUAAAUCAAAUAUUAGUAACAAAUCUAAAUGUAGCAAAGAUCAGAGUUUUAACAGUUGUCCAAAAGAGAAUCCAAAGCAAAAAUGUUUAAUGACUAUAUAUGAAGAUGAAAUGAAGCAAGAAACAGGAAGCAGGAGUUCCCUUGAAUUUAAUGGAAAAGGAACAGAGAAAAAUAACACCCUCAAAGAAACUAAAGUUCAUGGUGACAAUUGGCAGAUGCAAAGGACAGAGUCUGGAUAUGAAAGCAGUGAUCAUAUCAGUAAUGGCUCUGCUAAUUUGGACUCACCUGUUAUCGAUGGAAAUGGUACAGUGAUGGAUAUCAGUGGUGUUAAAGAAGCCGCAUCCUUCAGCAACCAGAUUAAGACAAGCAAUCUAAACAUAGAUCAUAUGAACUAUACCUCCCAACAGAGCAAAAACUACUUGGAAGGCUUUAGAAAAGAACUCAAGAACCUGGAAGUAGUCUAUAAAUCUUAUGAGUCCCACCCAGAAUCACAUCUACAAAUAAAAAAUCCUUUGAUAAAAAGGUCACAUAUACGUGAAACCAAUGGAAAGUUAUUCCCUUCAUCCAAUCCACAAAUACUCAAGGACCAUACAGCAAGAGAGCAUACCCACCAGUCAGAUGAACAGAAACUUGAAAAAGCAAGUGAAUGCAAAUUUUCUGAGUGGCUUAAUAUAGAAAAUUCUGAGAGAACAGGUUUGCUUUUUCACGUUGAUGAUAAUUCUGCUUCUGGAAAGAGAGUAAACAGUAAUGGAACAGUCUCACCAUCUUCAUUGUGGUCUUCACACAUGAGAACUGUGGGGUUGAAGCCAGGAACUGCUCCCCUCAUCCAGCAGCAAAAUAUGAUGGAACAGUGUUACUCUGAGAACUCUCUAUCCAGGGAACAUCUCAUUCAGUCAACCUGCAGAUCUGAUGGUUGUCAGAUGCCAGAACUUGUUUGCCAGAAUACCCCACCCCCUCUGCCACCAAAGAAAUAUGCUAUAACCAGUGUGCCACAGUCAGAGAAAAAUGAUGCUCCACCUGCUGUCAAACCAACAGAGAUGUUUAAAGCUAAUUCUUCUAGUCUUCCAAAGCACAGUUUAGGUACAGCUUCAGAACCAGGUUCAGAAGUGAGUACAUAUAUGAAUGAUGAAAGACUUAAGGAAACAUUUCAAGCAAAAGAGUAUGUUGGCAACACGUCAAACACCCCGUCCAGCUCUUCAGCUAAUGAUUUUCAGGCAGACUCGGGUACAGCUGUUGGUGCUUCUUGCCAGCCAGAAAUAGACUCUAGUUCUACCUGUCGAAAUGAGACAGUUUCAUUAACUACCUAUUUUUCAGUGGAUAACUGCAUGACUGAUACAUAUAGAUUGAAAUACCAUCAGAGGCCCAAGCUCUGUUUUCCAGGGAGCAGUGGCUUUUGUAAUGAUAAUUCACUUUCUCAGAAUGAAAGAGGGCUAGGGCCUGUGUUACAUAGUAGUCUUGGUUCAAACUGCCCUUCCAAGCAAAGAUAUAAACCUGGUAUACAUUGUAAUAGAUAAAUGAUGAAAACGACAGGCUUUUACUUCUGAGGCCAUUAACUAGGAAUCAAAUGACCAAACCUAGUGCUAUAUGAAAUUAAAACCAUGGCAAUAUUUAAGUCAUUAAUCACUUUAACUUUCUAUACAGAUAUUUUAUUUUGUGAAGAUCUACUUAUUGGAUAUUUUGGAAUUCCCUCUGAAUAGUCUUGGCAUGCCUCAAAAAAUAGAAAAUCCGGGGGUAUGCAGAAAGUCAUUUAUCAUAUGCUGCAGUUGAGUAAAAAUGUAAUUUGUCCCUUUAUUUUCUGACUGGUAGACCCAUAGGUAUUAAACUAACCAGUACUCAUAUAUAGAUUGGUAAACUGUGCUAACUGAAAGAUAGAUGAUAUGUAGCUUGUGUAGUCAAAGCAAUAUUUGCUUUGUGAGGAAGCACUUUCUAAUGGGGAGACAAAAGAGGACUUCACCCAUUUGCUUUUGACUUCUGUGAUAGUCUACUACAUAUGAUCCCUUUAAGUGUCUUAAAAUAUAUCGACCCAUGAAAUUGAUAGCAUUUGGGGGAAAAAAGCCUUAAUGAUAAAGCAAUUUUUAAAUUAAAUUCUCAAGGUUAGAAGAGAAGACACUUAAUUUUGCUCCUAGAAUUUUUAUCUUCAAA